UGAAAAGUGGCCUACCGAAGGUCCGACCUAGAAGAGUAAUUUGCUUCAACGCAUGGUUUCCGUAAUAGUGUCAUGUGGUACGUAUGAUGGUAGUGUUUUCGCACUGGAAUAUGCUCAUGAUAACAUAGACUUUUCCGGGCCAAAGCAGUUGAAGCCUAUAUUUGUUGAUCCUGCAGCACACGAUGGAGCAGUCACAUGUGUUGCAGUAAAGGACAAUGUGGUUCUCUCCGGAAGUAGUGAUGAAAUCAUUCAGGUAUUCUCACUGGAUUCCAAAACUCGACUAGGCGCUCUCGAAAUGCAUGUCGGCACGAUAAGACAGCUGAAGUUCACUAUAGAACCACACGACACCACCUACUGUCACUUGUUCAGUGCUAGUGAUGACGGCUGCAUUGCUAUCUGGCGUUGCGAAACCCCAGGUGGGUUACUUACCAAAUGCCCACAUCCAUCAUCAUGGGAGUGUGUCCGUCAAAUUCGCCGCCACAAAGGACCAGUUCAAAGCAUAGCAAUACAUCCUUCCAACCGCUGUCUCUUUUCUAUUAGUGAAGAUAAAACAUUCAGAGUUUGGAAUCUUCUUCGAGGUCGGCAAGCGUACGCCGUAAAGCUAAAGAACUUGGCGAAUGGAGCAAAAGGUUUGUCAAUGUCACCUACGGGCAAGCGUAUCCUUCUGAUUUGGCCUGAUAAAUUCGAUAUGAUAAACCUUGCCGGGGAGUUGGAUACAGAUGCUGAUACCAGCAAAAAUGAAGUUUUCAAUCUUGGAGGUGUUCAGUUUCCUAAUCCGACUACUUCCGAGCCUGUUUUUUUCAGUGAAGAUGAUGAGGAAAUACAUUCAGGACUCUUCAGAUUCAUGUUUCGCUUAUGUUUUAAUUGGAGUAGAUGUAUCACUUAAUAUGUUUAAAUUCAAUGUUCACAAGAAUUCAGCUAAGCUGGGAAAACCUGAAGUUACAAGUAAGGUUCUUUUACCAGGCAAACGGAUUAAAUACCUUCAAGUUCUGCAUUGGCCAUCCUGCUUGGUAAAAGACGAGUCGAUUUUCCAGGGACGUAGUCGUCUAGUGGUGACCAUUUCAACGGAAGCUGAUUGUAGCCACGUACGAGGUUAUGCAGUAAAUCUAAACUCGUCAGAUGUUCUUGAGCCGGGAAAGUCAUUUAUCCCAUUUUUCACAUAUGACGUAUGGAGUGCUCGAAUUACUGCUCUAUCUGCUUCGUGGAUCUCAAGUGAAAACAUACAUCCAACUGAACAAUGUGAUAACAUAACUGGGAUUCUCACUAGUAAUGAAAAUCAAUCAGUACUUACUAAUUAAAAAAUGUAGAUCAAAUUUCGUGCUAUUCUUUGAAAUUUUGUACAUAUUAGCUUCGAUUUCAUUUAUGCGUAACAUGACCUUAACACGAAACUGCUUCAAUAAGAAGUGACUUGCAUGAAAA